AUGUCACAAUCUCUCAAGCCAUAUCUCACGGCGGUCCGCCACUCCCUCAAUUCGGCCCUCUGCCUCCAGGACUUCAGCUCGCAGCUCGUUGAACGUCACAACUAUCCGGAAAUUGAGAACAAGAGGACCCCUGAGAUCCUCCUCAACCCAUUGCAUGUGUGCCGUAACGAGUCCGAACGUGUUCUAAUUGAACCGGCAAUCAAUUCCAUCAGGGUUUCCAUAAGAAUCAAGCAGAGUGACGAGAUUGAGGAGAUCUUGGUGGACAAGUUCACCCGUUUCUUGACUAAGCGUGCAGAAAACUUCCUUAUCUUGAGACGGGUGCCCAUCGAGGGCUACGACAUCAGCUUUCUCUUGACAAACUAUCACCAGGAAGUCAUGAUGAAACAGAAAUUGGUUGACUUCAUCAUAGAGUUCAUGGAGGAUGUCGACAAGGAAAUCAGCGAAAUGAAGUUGUUCUUGAACGCAAGGGCAAGAUUCGUCGCCGAGGCAUAUUUGAACGUUUUCGAUUGA